CAUUUGAAUAACGAAAUGGCGACUUUUAUUCAAUUCGUUCUCCUGGUGGGUUUAGUUUCAGGGCCAAUUUUUGGCCAUGAGCAUAACCACUACCCGAGUUCCGGUUGCGGUCGGGGAAGUGGGUGGGGUUCCCCCUCCUCGCCUUCCACCACCGCCGCCCCCAUCACUGCCGACACCCGCACUCUCUCCCAACUUCACUCCGCCGCCCUCGCUGAAGGCGGAAAACUAAUCGUCUACGCCGGCGGAGAUACUGCAAAUCAGUUGAACGAAAUGAAAACCGCGUUCGAAACCCGUUUUCCCGGAAUGUCUGUCGAAAUCAUUGUCGACUUCAGUAAGAACCACGACGCCCGAAUCGACCUUCAACUCCAGACCAAUUCCCUCAUCCCGGACGUCACCCAUUUGCAAACCCUGCAGGAUUUCGACAGAUGGAAGAAGGCGGGAGUUUUACUGAAUUACAAACCGAUCGGGUGGGAUCAGGUGUACCCAGAGUUUAAAGAUGUCGAUGGCGCCUACACGGCCAUUGCAGUGAUCGCUUUCUCCAACAAUAUCAACAAAAAUUUGGCCGGAACGAAUCCAGCGGGAUGGCCGACCGAAGCGAAUGACUACUUAAGGGCUAAUUUGACGGGAAAAGUAGUCACAACUUACCCCAAUGAUGAUGACGCCGUCCUUUUCUGGUUUAAACAGGUCAUCGACAAGUACGGGUGGGCCUGGCUGGAAAAAUUUGUCGCUAACAAGCCAAAAUUCGUGCGGGGGACGCAAGCACCCUCGGACGAUGUUUGGGGCGGAAAAACUCCCGCCGUUUUUACUUCGGGCGGUGCUAUGAAGAUGACCAAUCCCGUCCAAUUCGUUCUCCCCAAGAACGACCCAUUCGUCUCGUGGGGGCAACGAGCCGCCAUUUUCAAAGCUACGAAGCGACCCGCCGCCGCCAAAUUGUACCUCAGCUGGUGGCUCGACUUGGGAACCCAGAAGAACACGUGGGCCAUGUGGAGCGUGCGAAAGGACGUCCCACCUCCCGCCGGAUACAAGAGCAUCUUUUCCUACAAGGGGCAAAGUGAUCCCGUCGAAUUCCAGAAAUGGAUGGCUAAUCGCGAAGAAGUGGAACGCUUCAAGGCUCAAGUGACCCAGAUCGUCGGAGAAGUUCAGGGCCCCAGCCCGCCGGGUAAUUUGGGACUCUACCCGACGAAAAUGUUGCCUGGAUCGUACCCAUAAAUGGAUUAAAUUGUGGAUAAAACCGUUGAUGAUUAAUGUGUACAUAUGUAAAUCUGAUUAGAUGAUUGGCAGCGAAAAUAAAAUUCAAUAGCAAAAUA